GCACCAGACAGGACGGGUGGGGUCAGGAAAUGCGGUCUUUCCCCCCUCGCAACGCCUAUUGGUCACCCGGCUCUCCGUGGAACGUUUUCCCGACCGGUGAUUGGCUGCUGCGCUCAACGGCUUUCACUUGAUUGGUCGAAAACGCUACGCUGUCUGUGGGCUGAGAAGUGGAUGACUCCGUUGGUUCCUGGCUGUGAGUAGAGAGAGAGAUUGAAGGGGCAGGGCCCACAGUGGAGAAAUGGCGAGAAUGGUGAACGAGAACGGCUGUGAAGCGGAAACACAGAACCCAGAGCCGCAGGGACCGGGUCGGGGUGCGGCAAGAUGGGGUCCACAACACGCCGGUGCCCGAGAACUGGCCAAUUUAUACUCACCAGGCAAACGAUGUCAAGAAUGGAUAAGUGUUGUCCUCUGUUUCUCUCUCAUUGCCUUCAACUUCAUUCACCUACUUGCCAAUUUCCACCUGGGACAUUCGUGGUACAUCCUGUCGAGCAUCGUGGCAGGAAUACUCACCGCAGACUUUGCGUCUGGACUCGUUCACUGGGGAGCUGAUACAUGGGGUUCAGUGGAUCUACCCGUCUUUGGAAAGGCCUUUAUACGACCAUUUAGAGAGCACCACAUCGACCCCACAGCCAUCACCCGUCACGAUUUCAUUGAGACCAAUGGUGACAACUGCAUGCUGACCAUAGUCCCUCUAGCAAACAUGGCCUUCAACUUCCUCACCCUCUCCCCUGCGGAGGUUUACCACAUCUACCCCUGGUACUGCUACCUGUUUGCUCUUGCCAUCUUUGUGACCCUUACCAACCAGAUUCACAAGUGGUCGCACACGUACUUCGGCCUGCCUCGCUGGGUGGUGCUCCUCCAGGACUGCCACAUCAUUCUUCCCCGCAAGCACCACCGCGUCCAUCACGUCUCCCCUCACGAGACGUACUUCUGCAUCACCACAGGGUGGCUGAACUACCCUCUGGAGAAGCUGGGUUUCUGGAGGAACCUGGAGGAUCUUAUCCAGAGUGUGACGGGAGAGAAGCCCAGGGCGGACGACCUGAAAUGGGCUCAAAAAGUCAAGUAAAGUUGCAGGCUAACUGCACCCUACCUCAGAAGAUGCUGGCUCCGUCCAGGCUUCUCAUCCCCUUUUUUUGCCUCACUUAAACUGUAAUCCGUAGGAAGAAAAACUAACAAACAAUUUCUGAUGCCAUAGCUUUAAGUCUUGCACAUUUUGUCUGUCUUUCAAGAGGAGGGCUCUGUUGAUGGAUUUUUUUUUUUUCAUUACUCACUCAUGGAGAUGAUUUCAAAUUGCAAUAUAUUCAUAACUGUUCGUAUGUCAAACGCACACUUUUUUUUCUUUUCGAGGUGAUUUAUGAAUGCUUCUUUGCUAAGAAGGUUUGAUCAGACACAUAAUUUGCUAUCACUUUCCAAGGAGAUCAUGUCAGAAAAUUCAAACAAUCCCGAAAAAGAAUACUUGAAAGAGUGCGCACUUACUCUUUUCUCCUCCAGAGUCACAGUUGUUCUCUUCGACAGUCGAAAAAUCGAGUUAUAUUUAGCACUGCUUUAUUAUCUCUGGAUCAGGCGUUAUCACCUUUUCAAGGGUCUACUUGAGGUGCAAGUGAUAAAUUUGGAUUUAGGCCAUGGUAAGUAGAAGGGUUGAGGUGAUGCUUUACCAAUGUUCAUAGCUAAAGAACAAAUUAGUUAAUUACUGUUACCUUUGUUGACCUCUUGCACAUUUGGGUUCAGCUGCACAUUUACAAAGCUAUUUUUCAAAGAGAGGUGUGUUCACGAAUUAGAUUUUUUUUUUUUCAAUACUAACCAGUGCCCAAUGUUGUUUCUCGUAACUUGCUCACGCAGCCAUAUUUAAUAGUUUUGUCAUGGAUUUGUCAAUCUGAGGCAAUGACUACAGUUACAGUGGAAGAGCCAGUGCUAGUCCAAAUCUUCCCACCAGGAUGCAAAAUGACAGGUCUGACUCUGGGUUUUGAAGUAAACAAACCAGAAAAACAAAAUCAGUUCUUUCACUCAGACCCUAAACUGGCAUUUUUAUUGGAAUUGAAACACAGAAAAUUAGUAACUUUCUCUAAAUUGAUGUAAAAAAAAAAAGUCAGUGUAACUGUAGUCGGCGUCGACUCUAUAACAAAACCAGGGCAAGUAAACACAUGUAUCAUGCUGUUGUUCUGCUGAGUCAGUGUGUCCCUACUAAAUAGUCUUUUCAGUUGAUCACAUGUCCGCUGUGAAAAGCAUUUUUAGCUUUUAUGUGACUGACAGUUUUGCAAGAAAGAGGCACAUGCAGUUUUGUCAAGCUGCCUUACACAGCACAGAUGCAGUAUGUGUCUUUUUGUUGUUGUUUUGUUUCAUUUGCAGCACUCCUCGUGUUGUUGCAAUGGUAAUUCUGUCUUUCUGGGAUUUCAGAUACUCCUAUUAUGUGCCAACUGUAUUUAACAUUGUUUUCAUUCCUGCUAUUGUUUUGUAUUGUGGGAAGGAACAGUUUCAGAGCGUAACAUUCCCUGUGAGUUAUGUUGCCACUGUGUACCGUCUUGGUAGCUGUGACAAGCAGACUUGGUGAUGUUACAAGGGCUUGGGUGACGAUCCAGGAAUUUCUUCACUCCUAUAGAUGAGAUUAUGUAAUUAAUUAAUUGGUUGCGAUUUUUUAACGCUUUAGUCAGCCAUUUGUAAAUGUAUUGUACAGCGAAUAACUAUGCAGUUUAAUAAGAGGCCCUUAACUAUACGUCUUAACUCAUCUGAUUAGGUCAAAAUGCCUUUCUUUUUCUAAUUGUUUACACGUAUUUGCUAAGUUGGAAAACUGGAGCUUAAAAAUUUCAGUACUUAAUAAACUGCAUGGCAAAAUUACUUUUACUAAUAAAGAUGUCACUUACACAGACGUAAGAAUGCGUGCAUGCAUACAGCAUGUCUGCUUGUGCAAGCAAUACACUGGGUCACCAGCUUUCCUUUGAGCUUGUGUAAAGCAGACACCUGAGUAGGGAGGCUCAUGCCCGCUCCAGAUGAAAUUUACUGUGCUGCUUCCAAAAGGUGACCCAGGUUCGAACCACCAAAAUGUUAUCUUCGUUCCAAGGAAAUCCUGGCAAUGACUUUUCAGGUUUAAACGGAAGGAGCAAACCUUGCGGUUCAGUUGGGUUGAACAGGUUAAAGGCUGAAUUAUUAAGCUUCUGGUGUUAUACUCAAAGUAGACAAUUAAAUGAUAGUAAUAGUUCAUCUUAAGCCAAAUUAUGUUUUAUAUUAUGUAAUAUUCCAACUUUUGUAAUCCUUCAUACUUGAUUAUAGAAAAUGAUUCACCAUAGGUCAACAGCAUAAGUACACUGCAGAUUGCAUAGUGCUUGUAGAGUAUAGCAAGAUGCAGUUUUUUUGUGCGCCUGGUAGUGUAGAAUAUGCAGGUAAAUGGAAGCUGUUAAAGUUUAAGGUUAGAAGUUCUCAUUGAUCCGCAUUGGGAAAAAAUAUUUUUGAGCUCCGCUAGCUGCAGUCAGUAGACACAUUUGAACUUUGACAGACACGUUAUUUUCUAAGCAGGAAUUCUGGCGUUGGCUCGACUGGAUAUUUCAGCGCUUCAGUAAAUGGCUUUUUGUGAUGAUAAAGUAAAGUAACGAUUUUAAGGAUGUUAUGUGUUUUUGUAAUACUGCAAACUAGGACAAUAGCUAAUUAUAAUGGUUAGAAAUUCUAUACAUAACAUGCCAUAAUUAGUUUGGAGAUUGAAAAAACUGACAACCUUUUUAAAAAAUAUGUGGUGAGCUCGGAAGAACUCAUAAUCUUUGCGCGGAGACAGACUAUAAUUGCUAUUUUUUUGUCAUAAUUGGAGUCUGGUUGCGAGUGUAGAUCUAACAAACAUCGAGUUAUUCUUCAUUCUUAUUCUCCAGAUGAUCUCAGGAUUGUGGUUAGAGUGAUUUAAAGUAGUUAUAUAUGAAUUUGUGGGGAAAAAAAUAAAGUAAAACCCUCCAUUAGCCAGUUCUAAGGCCGUUAUUUAAUAGAUAAAAAGUUGUUUAAAUUAUAAAUUUCCGUCAGAUUCUGUUGAUUCAGAUUCGGCCAUUUUUUAAAAUGCGUUCUAGAUUCUACUGUAGCCAUAUAUCAGUACGGUUAACUUGGCCUCUUGUUAUUGAGGUAGAAACUGUAAUUAAGCUGUGUUUGGUUUUUUGCUUUGAGACAAUGGAUCAGUGGAUUUGAAGGGUAUUUUGUGAUGAUGUGUGGUAAACUACAUAUUUUCCCACUGGAAACCACUGGUAAGUGGUGUGGGCAUUGUCGUUGGUAUGUUUGACAUGCUGUGUUUGAAAUCGCUUUUGUAAUGAUCCUUGGAUUCCUUUUAUUGAAUUGCCUUAUCCUCUCCCUGAUUGAUUUACUGUAAAUCUUGCCAGCGAUAUGGGAAAACAAUUUAUUGACUGAAUUUAAAUUGCCCUUCAUUGCCUCUCGCUUCUUCUGAGGCAAUACUCAUAUGGAUGUUGUAGUUGGUUUAUGUAUGCUGGUGGUGAUGGAGUUUUAGAUAUCAGAAUAAUGCCUUGAUGCCUUUUUGUUGUCUUCAAUUCAGGAGACUUACAAUGUAUAUAUUAAACUGUAUUUAUAAAUAAACUAAAUAAACAGUUGAUAAUUA